AUGUCUCAUACCAUUCUUGGAAAGAAAGUCGGACCAAUUGGCUACGGCCUGAUGGGCCUGACAUUAAGCGGCUCUGUCCCUGACGAGAAGGCAAUUGCUGCCAUCAAGACGGCCAUUGACUCCGGUUGCAAUUACCUCAACGGCGGAGAGUUCUACGGCCCCCCCAACGCAAACAGCCUGGCUCUGCUUCGCAAGUAUUUCGAAAAGUAUCCCGAGGAUGCAAAGAAGGUUGUCUUGAAUGUCAAGGGUGCCAUGAGUCCCCAGCGAACUCCCGAUGCAAGCAAGGAAGGCAUCAUCCGAAGUAUCGACAACUGCCUUAACACAUUGGGCCCUGUGGGUCGCAUUGAUCAAUUUGAGCCUGCAAGAAAAGAUAAGAAUGUCCCAUUCGAGGAGACCCUUGAAACCAUUGACGGCUACGUGAAAUCUGGGAAAAUUGGUGGCAUCUCCGUCAGUGAGCUCGGAGCCGAGACUCUACGGAAGGCUGCUUCACAAUUCAACAUCACAUCACUUGAAAUCGAACUCUCGUUAUUCCGAACUGAACCAAUCACCAACGGGCUCCUUGCGGCUUGCGCCGAAUUGAACAUACCAGUUCUAGCUUACUCACCUCUUUGCAGAGGCUUCCUUGGUGGCCAACUGAAGUCUCCCGAUGAUCUUCCCGAAAAUGACUUCAGACGCAUGCUUCCAAGGUACCAAGGAGAGAACUUCAAGAAAAACAUCGAGCUGGUCAACAAGGUUGAGGCUCUGGCUAAGAAGAAGGGCUGCACAACUGGACAGAUUGCCAUUAACUGGCUCCUGAGCAUUUCGAAGCGUCCUGGCAUGCCUGUCAUUAUUCCCAUCCCGGGCUCCUCCAAUCCCGAGAGGAUAAAGGAAAACGCAACCAUCAUCGAUCUGUCGCCUGCAGACAUCGCAGAAAUUGAUGCAAUCCUCGAGACUUUUGUUGCCGCUGGGGACCGAUACCCUCAAAUGCUUAUGGGUGACUUGGACCUUUGA